CGGCAACUCCGGAUGAUGGGAUACGGCAUGUGAUUUGGUCGGCGUCCGGCGUUACACGGAAUCCGAUCGAGAGCUAAUCCCGGAUAAGGAAUACCGUGGCAGACACUAUUAGUACUGUCAUUAUCCAACAAAACUGCCGCAUCCUUGUGUACGUGACAUUUCAGAGAUGAUGAUGAAUGGUUCAGCAUAGUGUAAGGUACUCACGGGAGCAGCUGACCUUUCCACACGUACUUAUAACAUCCAGAAGCAGCCAACGCCUGUUUGAUACACGGUGAAGGCAGAGAGAAUCGAAAGAGAUGAAACGAGGCAGAGCAGAGGCCGGGCUGCCGUCCUCCAAGGCAGCCGCCGAGUCCCCUGCCAAGGCCCAGCGGCGUCAGAAGGGGUCGACGCCCAAGGCAUCGGCUGCGGCGGGGAGGACGAGGCAGGCGGUGAAGCCGGAUCACGCGCGCAAGGGCAGAGGAAACGACAAGGGCCCGGCUGCUGCUGCGGCGGCCGACCUGCAGCAGUCUUCUACUUCUCCCGUUGCGCCCGCGGAGGAGGAAGUGGUGGGGUGGGUGGACGGGGCGUCGGAGCUGGGGGAUUGGUGGUGGGGCCUGUGGGGCGUGGAGGAGGACAAGCUCUCCGGCUGGUUCCCGUUUGUGGACGAAGACUUCCUCUGCUCCGAUGCCAGGGGAGGAGAGUUGUCCGGUGGACUGCUCUGGGAAGAAGCUUACCACGACAUCUGGCAGCUGCAACACAUUUACGAAAUCCCGCAGGCGGCAUCCAAUUGACGAAGAGAUUGCAUUCCUUGGCUUAAGCAGAGUUCAUCAUCAUCUUCGUUGCUCUUCACCAAAGCUCCCUCUUCUGCUGGGAAACGGCAUGCUAUUGGAAGUCCACUACGGAAACAACAAGGAAUAGAAGGAAAUCGCGUCGUUGUUCUUCCAAUUAAUCUAUUUUGUGAAACGAAAAUUUAGAGCAAUCAAAGAGCUGAGUAUGAACUCUGCGUAAGCCUCUAUUUUCUAAUCGGCUGCUUUAGAUAUAGCAGCCAAAUCUAAAUAGUCCAUUUCCGGACUAAUUACAUAAUUACGCAACCCUUGUAGGAUUGUGGUUCUUCAACUUAUAAAAAUCAUUACGCAGCCCUUUUAGGACUGUGGACAGUGCUCCCAAUAAUACAUAUCAAGAUUCGCUCAUGGAAGUCAACCGGGAGAGCGACUAGAUAAGUGCCCCACCAUCCCAUCUUCUAUGAGGGUCAGCGCCCUUCGAGCACCGGAAGAGUGGUGACGUGCGAGAGGACAAAAGCUGGUUAGGAUAGAAACAAGCGACGUGAAAUGUAGUGAUUUAGGAUUUGGGAAAACCAGGUGAAGAUCUUCUUCUCCUUCAAGAUUGUUUGAGGUUUAAAGGCUGUGCAGAGCGAGGUGAUUGCAUGUAAAACCAUUGUUUGCUUAGACGUGGAAACCCGUUGGAAUUCUACAUAUUUAAUGUUGGAGGCUGCCUUGAUG